CCGUUGGCUGUGACGAGGCACAAUUAUGCGCCAUGCCAAAACUGAGGCAUUACAUGUCUAUGGAUCAACCAUCCGCGACCACCAUCAGGAAAAAGACGAUGACAGCAAUAUGCUUCGUCUGCAAUUUACCUAUAAUGUCCCAUCAAGUGGGCCUGGUGUGGUCCGGGGGCAAUGGUUGGGAUGAUCUUGUAAGGGAACAGCUGGAGGAGUCCACGAUACGACAACGAUUGGGUGGUCGACGCGAUUCGGCAGCACAAAUCAAUACGCCUCCUAGUACCUCACCGCCACCGGGCCUGCAACGUCGUCGCCGCAGUUCCUUGGCCCAGCUAACCGAUUUACUGCGCGAAUGGAGUGGUGGCGUCAAACACCAAAGUACCCAGCCUCAGCGCACCACCAAGGCGCCCCUAAAUCGUCGUGAAACUUUGGCAGAUCUGGCCCGCAGCCUGCCCUGGCGUACCACAACCACAGAUGCCUCCACAAAUGUGGGAGGCUCCAAUUAUGUGGCGCCACGCAAGCGACGUGAGUCCAGUGCCGAACCGGGUCUGAGAAGUGCCCGACCAAGGCGGGACUCCAACACUGCAGAGUUUGUGAAACAUUGGAAUCGUCGUGAGAGUACCGUGGAUGAUGCUGCCCCGGUAUCUGUGUCCGUGGUGGUGGAAAGUUCCAAGGGGAGUUCACGCCGCGAUUCCGCUGAGAGUAACAACUCUAGCCGCCGUGACAGUUCCAUCGGUCGCAUUUAUACACCAUCAACAACACCACCUCCUCCUCCGCGCAUCGGUGUCAGUCCGGUGAAGCGCGACUCACUGGCCGCUCCAGAAUUCCCCAACUUCCGUUAUGAACAGAGACCCUCAACAAGUUCGGCUGGUUCCGAUUCAAUACAAUAUUUUUCUACUUCUUCCCAUAAUCAGGUUGAUUCCAGCUGCCAGGCUCUGCCACCGCCCACGAUCAUUACAAGCUCGGUGACACCACCGGCCACCAGCCCUACGGCCCCCAAGGGAAGACGUGAUUCCACCACCCAAUGUGGUCGUGUUAAUCGGCGAGAUUCCAAGGCUGGCAUUAGCCCUGAGAGGGCACCACGUUUGCAACGCUUGCAACGGCAGGCCACCGCCUUCGAUGAAAGCUGUCUGCCGGGAGGUAGCCGUCGCGGUUCUCAACCCGCCCUCAGUCCCGAUCCGCCAGAGGAAGGUCAAAGGCGCAGCUCUCGUCGUGACUCCCUGAGCCCAGACAGUGCAUCUCGAGGACGUCGUGAUUCGAGGACCCAUCUCUCGCCCGAUCGCAGCCAUGAGCGAGAGGGCAGCCCACAUCGUCGUCAUGCCCUGCGGCGCCAAAGUUCCUCGGCAGCGCGUAGCUCUCGCUCGCCUGACUCUACAAGCAUUUGUUCAUCACGAGAUGCCAGUCCCUGUGGCCGGCCACCACCACUACCGGUCACGGAGAAUUCCUCAGGUCGUCCUGCCAUUAGACGUCAAUCGACGACAGAGGAAAUUUUAAUAUCUCGGGGUUUUCGACGUCAGUCGACGACGGAGGAAAUGAUAAGAUGUCGGAAUUUUCGACGUCAAAGUUCGCAGAGUGAUGAUGUGUGUCGUUAUCGUGGCCGCCGUGACUCCAGCGCGCAAAUUAUUGAUGGCACCAUUGGAACCAUGACAGUGGAGACGACCAGUACAUUUUUUGAUUCCAGUACCCAGACAGAACCUUCACCACUCUAUGAUAACAAUCAUUAUCAUGAGGAAUGUUUACGCUGCAAUUCCUGUGGUCUGAAUUUGACUGGGCGCAAUCAGAAAAGGGCCAGACGAUUCAAGAACCAUAUCCUUUGCGACCUGCAUUUUGCAGACGUUGCCCUCAUGGAGUGCUCCGAUUUUAUGCAACAGCUGAGAAGCUUUAAACCGCAGUCGCUGGGUUGUGCUGUUGCUCGUCGCAAAAGUUCGACAACAUUAAUAUUUCCACUGCCACCGCAGGCAUGUUCAG